AAAAAUGUGCACCUUCUUAUAUUGUAGAACAUCAAAAACAAUGUCUGCAGAAACAACCUGUCUGGAGGAUGUUCUAGAAAAGAAUCUGUCUGGUGGUGAACUUCAGGAGGUGCAAAGGAUGCUGUAUGGUGCACCAGUGCAAAAGCUUGACCUACCUGUCAGCGUCACUGAGAAAGCAAAUGCAGAAAAAUUCCAAGUUGCUGGAUACAGUAUUGCUGCACUAUCUGAAGAAGAACGAAGACCGCGUAUUGUCCGAAUUGGUGCCAUUCAAAACCAAAUUGUUUUGCCAACAGAUCGCCCUAUUCUUGAGCAGGUCAAUGCACUGCAUAUGCGAUUGAAAGUUCUUAUUGAGGAAGCAGGGAGUGCAGGAGUUAAUGUUCUUUGUUUGCAGGAAGCUUGGACAAUGCCAUUUGCAUUUUGCACACGAGAAAAGCAUCCUUGGGCGCAGUUUUCAGAAUCAGCUGAAGACGGGCCGACCACAUUGUUUUUGCAGGACCUUGCAAAGACUUACAACAUGGUGAUUAUUUCUCCAAUACUAGAACGUGACGAAAGCCACCAGGAUGUGUUAUGGAAUACAGCAGUUGUCAUCUCCAACACUGGCAAUGUGAUUGGCAAGUCAAGAAAGAACCAUAUCCCACGUGUUGGGGACUUUAACGAAUCUACUUACUACAUGGAGAGUGAGAUGGGCCAUCCAGUUUUUGAAACAGCCUUUGGGAAAAUUGGCAUCAAUAUUUGUUAUGGACGUCACCAUCCUUUAAAUUGGCUAGCGUUUGCUUUGAAUGGUGCUGAGAUUGUUUUUAAUCCGUCUGCUACAGUUGGUGCUUUAAGUGAACCACUGUGGCCGAUCGAGGCUCGUUGUGCAGCUAUUGCAAAUGGAUACUUUACUGUAGCUAUAAACCGUGUUGGAACAGAACAAUUCCCUAAUGAGUUCACAUCUGGUGAUGGUAAGCCCUCACAUAAAGAGUUUGGUCAUUUUUAUGGAUCAAGCUAUGUAGCAGCUCCUAAUGGUAGUCGUACACCUGGUCUGUCAAGAGUGCAAGAUGGCUUGCUUGUCACCGAGGUAGACUUGAACCUCUGCCGACAAGUGAAGGAUAAAUGGGGCUUUCAAAUGACGCAGAGAUUGCCUAUGUAUGGGAAAACGAUAACAAAUGCUACGAAAGAUGAUUUUAAAAGACAAAUCGUGAAAGAGUGAGAUCUGUUUAUGUUUUUUUUCUUUAUGUAUCAACAGUAUUGGUGUAUAUUGGAAAUGUUGUGAUUGAUUGAUUUUUUUCUAGUAGUUUUUAGCGUGCAGCUAUAUUUAUAUUCGCAUUUAUAUUUCAGUUAAGUUUACAAAUAUACAGUUAUUUUUAUACAAAUGGUAAGAUUAUAUUGUCUUAGUGUUGCUGAUAGCCACUUGGUGUUUUUGCUUUAUUAUUAUUAUUAUUAUUAUUAUUAGCAGUCUCGUAUUGUUUGAAUUUUGAUUUUUGUUCCCUUUAUCGACCAUACCCAGAUUUGAAUCUAGUCUAUUAAUUUUGUUUAUUUUGGUAUUUCUUUCACGAUUGCUAUAUUUGAAUAUAUCUUAUAAUAAUUAGCAAUAAAUACGAAAUUUCAUAAAUAAUCUUUUUCAAUGAUUAUAUAUUAUCUUAGUCAUCAAUCCUUCACAUUUUGUUCGCCAAUAAAGAACUAUGGUUAGCCAUUAUUACUAUCGGUCUCAGUAAUCUGUUUUCACAUGAGAAAACAAAUGUAUAAAGGAGAAUAUUGUCUUCCAUAGAAAUAAAUUUAUUGCGGUACACCAAGGAGAUUUAAACCUCAUUUGUUACACAUCUGUUUUUAUAAGAAACAUACUUUUGGGGUUCAUGAAUGUUUCUUAACUUUUAAAGAUAUUUUUUUUAAAUUUAUGGAAUUAGUAUUUACAAUUUUCUCAGCCAGAUUCCUGUCGAUCUAUUAAUUUCAUUUAUUAUCUUUUCAACAUUAUGCAAGUUAGCAGUUGGAAGUAUUAAUAACCUCAGUCUCAAGUUAGGAAACAUUGUUUUCAAUGCAUUAUUAAAUUUGGAUUUUUCAGUUCCCAGUUUUAGUUGAUUUUUUUUUGUAAUAUCUCCUAAACUCAACAAGUUUUAUUUUGGACAAGUGACGAAAUCCGAAAUUUUUGAACCGAUAUUAUAUUUUGAAGCUGGUACUAUAUUAUCAGUGUUUACAAGUAAAGUAGACAAACACAUGAUAUACCUAUGUUGAUAUUUUUUUUUAAAUACAGUCAAAAAAAAUGAUAGCACUA